GAGGCCCGCCGGGGUGCUUCAUGCAGGGGUUUCCCAUCACAUCAGUCCUCGUCCCAUGCAUGCGCAGCUGCCAGAGUCUGUUCUCGGACGCUACUGGAGAGACGGAUGCAAGGGUUUGCUACGGACUCCUUCGACCAAAAGGGUGCAAAAGCUGCGGGGUCGGUAGCCUCAUCAGGAGGCCAGCCAUCGCUCGAAGGGCUGUCCGAAAUUUUUGAUCAGUGCAAAGGAGGUGACUGCCUGAAGGAUGACCAGCGGACGCUGGAAAAGGUCAUCCUGGUUUUGAAUGAGAAGUACCAGGUUGGUUUUUCGGCAAACGACGUCGCCAGCCUGCGAAAGAUGCUGAGCAAGGACGGGAAGAUUGAGCGGCCGCAUUUCACGGCCACCUUGUUCAGUCUGCUGCAAGCUGUGAGCCGUGCAUCGGAGCAGCUGUCGCUUCGACAGCUGCGUGUGGUCAUGGUCACAGCAUUUCAGCGAUUCGACCUCGAUGCUGACGGAUGCAUCGCGCCGCACGAGUUUGCAGCAGCGUUGCAGAAUUUCGGCAUACAACUCCCUCUUUCCGAGAUAGCUGUCCUUCUCAAGUUCUUGUCUCCCAUGAAUGACGCGACAGAGACGGGCAUACCACCUGUUCUGCGGCAGGAGGACCUGUCCGGUGCAGUUGGAAUGGAGCCAAGCAUUGAGGACCAGUGCACGCGAGCGAUCUCCGGGGCGCAGGACAAGGUCUGCGAGGCAACGGGGUUGAGCCGAGCCGCAGAAGUCUGUGAGACGAUCUCGGGCAUCUGCGCCGGUCAAGGCGAUCCGAUGAACAAGGCCAACAGCGUUUUCAAGGCCGUCGCAGAUGCAGACUUCGUGCAUGAGGGCGGGGAGCUCAUCGCGGACCUCAGCGACUUGAUGGUGCUGCUUGCUGGGGUGGCUGUUGUCUUCAUGCAUCCGCAUUCCGUGCACGCGGUGCAUGAGACGGGCCCUUUCCUGCAGCAGAUGGCGGUCCAGGCCGGUGAAGCGGCGGAAGACUGCGUGGCAGGAUUCGAAGAGUUGGCCCAGUCGGGGCCGCUGAUCCCAGUCCUGAUGUCCGGCGUCCUCGGGGCCAGCAAAGCCUUGUGGGCGCAGGGGACGGUCUCUUUGGACGAGGAUGAGGCCCUCUUGUACGCCCGCACCUUCCUGGACAAGGGCUGUUCCCUUCACGACUUCCACAAGUUGGUCCAUUGCGCCGGCUGCAAAUGGGGUCACGCAGAACCGGGGCAGUCGUUGUUUGACCCCAGCUCAACUGCAGCUCUGGCGAUCCUCGUGCGUGGGGAGGCAGUCUCUGACGACCGUGCCCGGGUAAGUGCCGGCUCCUUGCUGUCUCCGCAAGGCUCGGGCGAGGUCGUCGCUGCAGAGCCUGUAACUUACGUCGCAUGGGAUGAGGCCAAGCUCGUCGAGCUGCUCCAGUACUCCAAGGAUAAGAACGUGGUCGCACUCCUGGAGAAGCUUAUCCAGGAAGGAAACCUCCAUGUGUCGGAGGGCUACACGUCGCCUGCGCAGGAUGCCCCAGUUCCUGAAUGGCUGUCGUCCAUCCGCGACGUGAUCAAGCUGCAUGCGAAGCGCUCAGGCCUCUCGGACUGUGGCCACGUCUCCGAGGGCCUGCAGCACAUCUUGGCGAAGCCCGCCACCUCCAUUGAGGAGAAAUUUGAUCAGAGCCGCACGCUGAUUCUGGACAGCUUGGAUCAGCUUGUAGACGGCUUGGAGGCCGUGACGGACUUGGUCGGGGCAUGCUCCUCUCUGUCAGCACUCGUGACUCAGUCUUCCAGUGCAUCCCCUGACCAUGUCCUUCAGCUCGCGCCGCUUCUCAUUCUCUCGAGCCUAGCUGUUCUGCAGACGGUCGUCCGCAUGACCAGGUCAAACGUGGCAUCCCAAGAGAAGGAGCCACAAGCCAACAUGGGCUUGCAUUCCGUGGACACAGGCCGGGCAUAG